CUAGAAUCUAGUGCCACUGUCACCUCCUCUCAUCAUUAUUAGUUUUAUUUAGUGCUACAGGGAGAGCCGUAUUUCUCUCUACUUUCGAGGUUACCUCCCAUCGUGUGCUUGUCAGAUAAGAAUCCAACCACCAAGAAUUAUACGGGAAAGUUCGCAUUCCGACACUAAAAAUCAUGUCGACCUUCAAAAUGAGGGAGAUCGAUGUGCAGGAGCAGCCUGGAGCCCAAAAUAUCAGUCGCAAGGGAUUCACACGUCGCGAUGAGAUUGAUAUGGCAAGGCUAGGAAAACGGCAGCGAUUUCACCGAAUUUACGGAUUCUUGUCGAUGCUGGGUUUCACAACGACGAUGAUGUGUACUUGGGAGGCGGUAUUUUUUGCGAAUACCACAGCUAUGGUGGAUGGCGGGCCCGUCUCGCUUGUCUAUGGAUACAUUUUCUGCUUCUUUGGCACCCUUGCUACUGCUGCUUCAUUGGGAGAGUUGGCUUCAAUGUCACCUACUUCCGGUGGCCAGUAUCACUGGGUCGCUCAACUCUCCCCUGAAAAAUCCAAAGUUUUCCUUAGCUGGUUGACUGGGUGGAGUGCUUUGACUGGAUGGUGGGCCAAUACUGCAUCUGCUAUUUACUUCGCCGGCACGAUGAUCCAGGGCCUCCUCGUACUCAACAAGCCUUCCUACGUGAUCGAAAGAUGGCAAGGAACGCUACUUAUGUUCGCUUUCUUGAUCGUUGUCGUAUUUGUUAACACCAUUGCUGCCCGACUGCUACCAAAGAUCGAGGGCUUGAUCCUAUCUAUUCACAUUGUUGGUUUCUUUGCCAUUCUAAUUCCGCUAGUCUACCUGGCUCCGCACAGCUCUGCUGAAUUCGUCUUUACCGAAUUCGCGAACUCAUCCGGUUGGUCUAGCAAUGGCUUGGUGUGGUUUAUUGCUUUGAUGAGUUCCAACCUGCCUUUCAUCGGCUACGAUGGUCCAUGCCAUAUGGCGGAGGAAAUCCAAAAUGCCUCGAUAAUUGUGCCUUGGUGUAUGGUAUCCACUGUCAUGAUCAAUGGCCUUCUGGGCCUUGCUAUGACCCUUGUAUUUUUGUUCUGCAUAGGCAACUUAGACGAUGCGCUCAGCUCACCCACUGGUUACGAUUUCAUCGAGGUGUUUCAAAAUGCCACCAAUUCCCACGCGGGAACUUCUAUCAUGACUGCUAUCUUGAUCGUCCUUGUUAUGUCUGCCUGCUUCGGUUUCCUGGCUUCUGCAUCCCGCCUUACCUGGGCUUUGGCGCGCGACCGUGGUACGCCUUUUUCGAACAUUAUCAACAAUGUGAGCGAGCGUACUGCGCUUCCCAUGAAUUCCAUUUUGCUCUGCACCGCUCUCACUGCUUUGAUCUGUGUGAUCAAUAUCGCCUCAACCACUGCGUUCAACGCAAUUGUAUCGCUAACUAUUGUCGGUCUCUACUCUUCCUAUUUAAUCGCCAUCAGCCUGGUCCUGAAGAAACGUAUUCUCGGCGAGACUGUGGACUUUGGACCAUGGACCAUGGGUCCAUUCGGCAUCUUCGUCAACGCUUGCUCAAUGUUUUUCCUUAUUAUUUCUAUCACUUUUUCCUUCUUUCCUCCCAUGUACCCAGUGACUAAUACCAAUAUGAAUUGGUCCAUUGUCGUGUUUGGCGGUGAGAUGAUCCUUGGACUCUGCUGGUACGCCAUUCGCGGCCGCCAUCAGUAUAACGGUCCCAUUGUUGAAUCACCGAUUGUCUUGGAUGAUCAAAUUGUUAAUGGUUCUUUCUCUUGAUUCUGUAUUAUAUCAAUUGAUAUAGACACUCAUUCCCGAAAAAAGAUAUGAGAUCUGCUCUAUUUCUUCUAUUCCUUCAUUGUCAAUUUUUACUGACUUGAUAUUAGGCAUCCUGUAGAUAUCUAUCUACCUGUGUGGCUAAUGGAAAAUUCUUUUCAUUCUCCCAUUUCUCCAUCUUAUCGGAGUCUAAUUGUCCGUCCAUUCGUGGAUUGUAGAUGACCACGUGCGGCUAACGCACGUAAACUUAGCAGACACUUCCUUUGUAUGAUAUUUUCCAUGAUUAGCAAGAAUAAUUUCCGACAUAUAGGGCCCAAAUUCCCACAGGCUACGGGCUACAAGUGCCCAAGACCCAAGAGGCCACUCGAGAGGUGAAUAUAGGAGAGUGUAUUCGUUCAUAGCUUCAGACAUUGGUUUGCAACUAAUGCAUACUAUUUCUUAAGUGAUACGGCUAUCU